AUGGAUCCGAAAGGCCUCAAAGUUCGUAAGUGGACAUGUCGGGAGUUCAAUGGCAAUAUCUAUGUCUGGUAUCACUCAGAAAAUGAAAAAAAUCGAUGGGAAUUACCUCUUAUAAAAUCGAUUGAAAACAAAGAGCUAGUUUAUCAUGGUCGAAAUGAAUUUUACGUCAAUUGCCAUAUACAAGAAAUACCUGAAAACGGUGCCGAUGUGUCACACUUUUCUGCUAUUCACAGAGAAUAUUUGUUUGCCGGAGUGGAAAAUCCAGAUAAAAACGGCCUAGUCAAAUAUAUUCAACAUUUUUGGAAGGCAGCGUUCAUCGGGAGGAGAGGUAUGACAGAGAAGAUCGUCUGCGAUAACGCCACAAAUUUUGUAGGCGCCAACGCGAAGCUGAAGGGACUAAGGGACGUACUAUUCUAAUGCCAGUCGAACGGAAAUCGCAAAUUUCGUCGCGGAUCGCGGCAUCAAAUUCGAAUUCAUCCCUCCUCGCGCCCCACAUUUCGGAGGAAUAUGGGAAGCCGCGGUAAAAUCCACCAAACAUCUCUUGUACCGCACCGUUGCAGAAGAAAAUCUCACUUUCGAAGAGCUUUCGACUGUGCUAGUGGAAAUCGAAGCCGUUUUAAAUUCGAGGCCCAUCACGGCAAAGACAGAAGACCCCAACGAUGGAGAAAUGCUAACUCCCGCUCAUCUUCUAAUCGGAGAGUCUUUAAAGGCACUACCGGAGCCCGCCCCCAAAGAUUUAACUCUGCAGUAUUCGAAGCGAUGGCAACACAUCUCAACACUGAAGGCACGUUUUUGGUCUGCUUUCCAAAGAGAUUAUAUCUUGGGGCUACAAUCCAAGGCAAAGUGGACCAGACCAGUGCAAAAUAUCGAGGAAUAACGAGGUUGGCACGGUUGUCCUCGUUCACGACGACAAUCUGCCUCCACAGAAAUGGCUUUUGGGCAAAGUUGUCAAUGCCAUAUCUGGAAAAGAUGGCAAGGUCCGUGUUGCAGACAUUAAAACAUAAAACUCAACCAUUCGACGUGCCGUUCACAAGCUUGCGCCAUUGCCAAUGAACACUUGAUAGCUGCCAAUACUCCCCUUUUAUAUUGUUUCAUUGAAUUGUUAAAACAAAUUUGUAUAUAUUGAAUUGUAAACAGAACUACGUGUACACAGGGACAUAUGAAAUGUAUCGAUUAUCAAUUGUACUCGAGACUCGAACCAACAUUAAUACAUCUAUAAAUAUCUUGUACGCAACACUGACUUAACAAAGUAGUGUAAAUAAAGAAGGAAAAUAAUUAUUAAAGGUCA